AUGGUACUCGCAAGUGGCUGGCGUGCUCUGAUGCGCUGUUGUCAGCCGGUGCUCCCAACCCCCAAAGCGACUGCGUCUGACCACCAGGCACAGGUUCCCUCGUUUGUCGGCCGGGUCGACGAAGGGGAAUUCAACUUGGAGUGGAAGACCGCAACAAACGACCGCGUCGGCUGUAGACGCACGACACGUGACAACACGGUCUGCCACCAAGCAAUGCAUUUAGGGGACACCUGCGCGACGCCGACUGCGGCAACCGAGGACAUCGGCUCAGAGUGUGAUUGGACUGCUGACGACGCAGCAGUUGUUCCGUCGCUGUGGAGCGGUUUCGACGAUGAAGCGCUUAUGCUACAAUCAACGAGCGCCGUCACAGAUCCCCUCGCGUGUAGAAGCUCCGGCUGUGAAAGCGCGACCAGGUUUAGGCCCUUGCUGCUCUCGGAUCUCCUUUCCGCAGAGUCGAGUGACGAGAUCGACUUGGAAUUGGCUAUGGAUCCCUACGAACCGGUGGUUCUUUCCUUGUCGCUCAGUCAAAUAGACGAAGAGGAAAUCAGUACGGAGACGAAGAGCCUAUGCGGUUGUGGACAACAGCGCGUAUGCACACCGCGAGUCGCGACUACCCCUGAAAACGGAGCACAUGAUACGCGAUAUCUCUGUUGGACGCCGACUCCGAGAAGCGAGGAGUUCGACUCGGAGUCGGAGAAUGGCCCUUGCGAAGCAGCAGCUGUUCCGUGGUCCUUCAGUCAAACCAACGAACAGAGGCUUUACACAUCGAGAACUACCCCGAGAGACCACCGUGUCACGCGUCAACGAACGAGUCGUGGAAGGCUGUUCCCAAGUAAAGCCCAGCUGCUGUCGGAUCUCCGGCUGACGCUGAUAGAGGCGAUUGACCAGAUGGACUCGCGAAGUGCAAUCGUCACCGGGAUAACAGGGGUCGAUUCAUCUUGUUUUAGUCGGGUCGAAGAUGGCGAAGUCGAUUUCGAGGACAAUGGCAACUGCCGCGUCGCGUGUCCACGUAGACAACAUCCCCGACGGAGAAGAAGAGGAAGAGGCCGCCGUCGACCCAUUCCAUGCUAUACGGCAGAGGUGGAGCAAGUGGUCCAUUUGCCGAAGGAUGAAAGUACGGUUGAUGAGAUCACCGGUAUCCCAUACUUCAUCGAAGACGUCAACAUAGAGGAUAUCUGCUUCUACAGAGUCACGGCAAACAACCGGCGCGUGGCGCAUGCCCAAACUCCCCGAGAACGGAAUAUCCUAAAGAAUUUUUUGAGCAACGCAAUGCGCCAUAUGCUGCCUCCAUCGGUGGAAGACUUCUACGCGAUGCCCACUCAAAUCACAAAUGGGGUACGAAUCAACGGCGGCCCUAGCAUACUCGCACGAGGCGAUGAAGACGAGCCGGAGGACCAGAAAGCUCUCCAGGACGCGAACAGCAUCUCGCCUGGACGUGCAACACCGGGCAGAAAGCUCCGACGUAAACAGGCUGGCACCGAGAAACGCUGCACCUACAGGGUGAUUUUGCGACAUCAGGAGAUUAUAGUAUCGUCAGAGUCCGAAGAAGACUACGACGGUCCGCUUUCGCCGGUGUCCGAAGAAGACAGUGAUGAUACGUUUCUGCCACAGUCCCUCGAAGCAGAAUCGGACGACGCAGCUCCAUCAGGAUCCGAGGGAGACGCCAGCGAUCUUUCCAGUGCCUUCGCAAUGUCCACGCAAGCCGACGAAGAGGCGCAAGACUUCGACAGAGACCUUCGUCGUGUGCACAGCGUCGCGUCUUCACGUACCUCGUACAGCAGAGCGACCGACACGGAGCCUCCCGCCACGCCGAGUCUCGGUGCCGCUUCGUCAGAGUUCGAAGGAGACAGUGACGAGGAGAAUUCGUCGGGAUCCGAAGAAGACAGUGAUGAUACGUUUCUGCCACAGUCCCUCGAAGCAGAAUCGGACGACGCAGCUCCAUCAGGAUCCGAGGGAGACGCCAGCGAUCUUUCCAGUGCCUUCGCAAUGUCCACGCAAGCCGACGAAGAGGCGCAAGACUUCGACAGAGACCUUCGUCGUGUGCACAGCGUCGCGUCUUCACGUACCUCGUACAGCAGAGCGACCGACACGGAGCCUCCCGCCACGCCGAGUCUCGGUGCCGCUUCGUCAGAGUUCGAAGGAGACAGUGACGAGGAGAAUUCGUCGGGGUCCGAAGAAGACAUCGAUGAUACGUUUCUGCCACAGUCCCUCGAAGCAGAAUCGGACGACGCAGCUCCAUCAGGAUCCGAGGGAGACGCCAGCGAUCUUUCCAGUGCCUUCGCAAUGUCCACGCAAGCCGACGAAGAGGCGCAAGACUUCGACAGAGACCUUCGUCGUGUGCACAGCGUCGCGUCUUCACGUACCUCGUACAGCAGAGCGACCGACACGGAGCCUCCCGCCACGCCGAGUCUCGGUGCCGCUUCGUCAGAGUUCGAAGGAGACAGUGACGAGGAGAAUUCGUCGGGAUCCGAAGAAGACAGUGAUGAUACGUUUCUGCCACAGUCCCUCGAAGCAGAAUCGGACGACGCAGCUCCAUCAGGAUCCGAGGGAGACGCCAGCGAUCUUUCCAGUGCCUUCGCAAUGUCCACGCAAGCCGACGAAGAGGCGCAAGACUUCGACAGAGACCUUCGUCGUGUGCACAGCGUCGCGUCUUCACGUACCUCGUACAGCAGAGCGACCGACACGGAGCCUCCCGCCACGCCGAGUCUCGGUGCCGCUUCGUCAGAGUUCGAAGGAGACAGUGACGAGGAGAAUUCGUCGGGAUCCGAAGAAGACAGUGAUGAUACGUUUCUGCCACAGUCCCUCGAAGCAGAAUCGGACGACGCAGCUCCAUCAGGAUCCGAGGGAGACGCCAGCGAUCUUUCCAGUGCCUUCGCAAUGUCCACGCAAGCCGACGAAGAGGCGCAAGACUUCGACAGAGACCUUCGUCGUGUGCACAGCGUCGCGUCUUCACGUACCUCGUACAGCAAAGCGACCGACACGGAGCCUCCCGCCACGCCGAGUCUCGGUGCCGCUUCGUCAGAGUUCGAAGGAGACAGUGACGAGGAGAAUGCGUCGGGGUCCGAAGAAGACAGCGGCGUCAUUUCGUCCGGAUCUGAUGAAGUCUCGAAUGACACCGGUUCACCAAGGAUGUCCGAAGACGACUAUCACAGCAAGGCUUUCGCAGUCCAAAAAUGA